AGGAAGUGGCCGUGAAAGUCAUUCCGAAAGUGCGCAUAAACCAGAACCGACAGCUGCACGACAAGGUGGAGAGAGAGAUCGCCAUCAUGAAACUGAUCAAGCAUCCCAAUGUACUGUCUUUAUACGACGUGUAUGAGAGCGAAAAUAAUUUGUAA